AUGAAACGAGUAACAGAAGGCGUCAAAGAUGUAAUAUCAUAUCCAAGUGUAACUGAUAAGACGAAAAAUCGUGGAUUCGCAUUCAUUGAGUAUGGGAGUCAUAAAGCCGCAGCGAUGGCAAGGAGAAAAUUGCUUCCAGGACACAUUCACUUAUGGGGUCAGCAAAUAGCUGUUGACUGGGCAGAACCAGAAAGAGAAGUGAAUGAAGAUAUAAUGUCAAAAGUGAAAAUUUUAUACGUACGUAAUCUAAUGUUGUCAACUACUGAGGAUAGUCUGAAAGAUUCAUUCAUUAAAGCUGCUGGUGGUGAUCCUAAUAGUGUUGAAAGAGUAAAAAAAAUUAGUGACUAUGCUUUCAUUCACUUCAGAGAUCGUGAACAAGCUGAACAAUGCCUAUUCACCUUAAACGAUACUUACAUUGAUGGUUCAAAAAUAGAAGUAACAUGGGCGAAACCUGUUGAUAAAAAUGAGUUGAGUGUACGUCAGCCACCUUCUCGCACUUCUGGAAAAUUAAUAAAUGAAUUAGUUUUAACAAAGGAUCAGAAUAUUGCUGCCGCUGCAGCAGCUGUUGUUGCAGCUGGAGGUAUAUUGCCACAGUUGGAGUCAACUUCCCCAUUUUUCUUACCACCCGCUGGGCAAGGUACACCAAUGGCUACUGAUAUUUUGUCACUAAAUCCUAAUGCCAUAUCUUCUGGACGAACAGAUAUCAGUCUUACGACUACUGGUGGCAUGAAGCUGAAUUGCACAAGAACUGGUCGAAGAAAUGCAGCUGGUAGUCGAAGUGCUGGGGCACAGAAAGAUCGUAAACAUCCUGUAGAAAAAUUACAGCAACGUCAGUUGAAUCCAUUGGUCUCUUUAGAGAUUUUAAGUGACUUAUGCCGCAGAGAUGGUCUUGGUUCACCAAUAUACAAUGCUAUACCUCUAUAUGUUGGACAAGUUUAUAUUCCUAACCUACAAUUUCGAUGUCAUACGACACGCUUCUAUACGACUCCUGCUGAAGCAAAACUUGGUGCUUCUGAAGUCGCGAUUCAAAGUCUUCCAUUUAACCUUCUAGGUUUAAAUGAGGCUCUGGCAGCAAGUUAUGCUCUGCCAAUCAAUUCAAGUAUAAUGCAUUCAAAUUCAACAUUUAUGCCAAUGCAACUGUCCAGUAACUUACCGAACACAUCCACUGCUCUCAGUUUGUUGCAAUCUCAAGCAAAUGUUCUACAGUUAUCCGGUACGUCUAAUUUCCCACUGAAUACCAAUGGAUUGGCAACAGUCACGACCAAUUUAACCAGCAAUCAUAAUAACAAUGGUCAUCUUACAAGUGACUGUUCAGGAGCAGCGCUUUUAGCAAACGGAUUUGACUACUCCUCGCAACUUAUUACAGCUGGUUCAUUAGGCAGUACUGGAAUUAUCAAUGCAGCAUUUGGCAAUCAGCCAACUUAUUAUUUUGAUCCGAACUCAAUAUCAGCUGCAGCUGCAGCAGCUAUGUUAGUUGGACCAAAUGGAUUAGGUACAACUACGGCUGCUAUACCACAAAUUAUUGGGUUACAACAGUCUCUAACAAACUGUGGUGGAAAUGAAUUAGGACAGAACUGUUCUUCUUCUAGUAUUGGACAGUCAUUCAAUUCUGUAGUACCACCAACUGGUUUGUAUUCUUUUGGCUUGCAGAUACCAUCAAUUUCAACCACAAUACCAUCACAAACACAACCUACAUCGAAUUCGACAUCACAAACAACAUCUGUUAUGAACUUAAUUAAUCAGACAUAUGGAAAUCCUAUUUCUGUAUUCAAUGGAAAUUUAUCGACUACACAAUCGAUUAGUGGGCAAAAUUCACAAACACCUCUAUCUGGUGCAGUACAAGUUUAA